AUGGUUGAUUCUGAUACACCUCCAAUGGGAUUCAUUUAUCAAGAAAUGGAAAAAGCAAAAGAAGAAAUACAGAAAAAUUUCAAUAAUGUUCAAAAGAGUUACAAAGAGAUAUGGGAUAUUAUUGAUGAUCGAUGGGAAAUGCAACUUCAUAGGCCUUUGCAUGCUGCGGGAUACUAUUUGAACCCUUCUAUUCAUUAUGAUCCUUCUUUUGAUCCGGGUUCAGAUAUUAAAUUAGGACUAUAUACGUGUCUUCAACGAAUGGUUCCAGAAGUUAGUGAUAGGAAAAAGAUAGAUAUGCAACUUGAAAAAUUCAAACAAGCAAAGGGACUCUUUGGUAUUGAAGCUGCCAUACUAGCCAGAGAUACUAAACAGCCAGCUGAGUGGUGGGACUCAUAUGGAGAUGACUGUCCUGAAUUGAAAAAAUUUGCUAUAAGAAUAUUGAGCUUAACAUGUAUCUCAUCUAGUUGUGAAAGAAAUUGGAGUGCAUUUGAAAUGGUACAUUCAAAAAGGAGAAAUCGCUUACACCAGAAAAAAAUGAAUGACUUGGUCUUCGUUAUGUACAACUUGAAGAUAAAACAAAAAAGAGCUAAACCAUUGAGUACAAAAGAAGAAAUUGGUUUGGAGAAUUUGUCUUCUGAUGAUGAGUGGUUAUCAGCAGAUUCUGUAGAUUCAGAAGAUGAUAGUGCAGAUUUUGAUGAAGACAAUGAAGGAAUUAAUUUAUAA